UGCCAAUCUAUCAGGUCCUCCAUUUAAAUGUCUAUUUGCACUUUCUUUCCUUUGGUAAAAUGUUUUCCCACAGAGUGGACAAGCUUCAGAUGAUAGGCCACCUGGAUGUGGUGAAUACAACGCAUUUAUAUCCAAAAGUCGUUCGGUAUAUCAUAGCUUGGACUUUCUAGGUAAGUAUGAAUCUCAUUGCCGAAAAGUUCCUUCCUAAUUAAUGCGUACUUCUGACACGUUUUACGGCAAUUUUCAUACUUCCAAUAUUUUUAUAUGUUAAAUUGAAUUUUAAAUAUGAAAAUGAGGACCAAUAUAUUGUUUGAGUCAACCUCAACAAUCUUCAGUUUUAGCUGAAAAGUAAAAUGAAAACUAAAAUUUGCAAUUGACAUUUUAUUCAUGUUGUUGUACAUGUGUUAUAUUUACAUGAAACUUAUUUUUCUAUUUGACAGAUAACAGGAUGUAUCGUUUCAAAUUCACCCUGAGGCUUCCACAUUGGAUUGGUGAUAAACUUCGACAUAAUCAAAUGGUUAUUCGCACUUUUCCAACGGAAAUCAAUGAUUUCAAGGAAAACACUGAUUAUACCAAGAAUAUCAGUUUGGAAAUGGAAACUUCUUGUGGUUCUUCAAAAUCAGCAUUUGAUAAAACAGAUGUUGUUACAUUGACUUUGAUGGAGAAAGAAAAUAAUCACUCAGUUUUCGUUAAGACAAUUAGAGUCGAUCCAUUAUCAGUUGACUUUUAUAGUCCUAAACCAACCAUGGAACAGUUCAAGAUGUUAGCUGAAAAUGAAAUUAAAGAAAGAACUGAGUUUUGUAAUCAUUUGUGCGUAAACCAAAAAUUAUUCGGAAAAAGAUAUACUCCACCGUCAUUUUAUUUGAUGAUCUGCCCUAAAGAAGUCUGCAAAUGUCAAGGAAGGAUCAAAGAUUAUUCACAAAGUUUCGCUGAAAUGGAAAAGUUUGUAAAGAUUAUGAAAUAUCUUGAAUUGUUUCAGUAUAAGUCACCAAGCUGUGAAAUAGAUAUUUCGAGAAGAUACAAAUCCAUUGGAGCCGUUGAACUGGACAACAAGACUGCUUCAUCGUUUCCAAAACUUGAUAAUAAUCACUAUUUUGUUGCUUCUUUUACCGAUACAAAAGCUCGAAAGAGUGCAGCGUUAAUAUUGAAAGACUUCAGAAUCAUUUGAAUUUAUAUUACAUGUAAUAUGCCAGAAAAAUGAGUUGAAAUCUUGAUAAUAAAAUUGAAGAAUCUGUUCUAACUAGUCUGAGCGAAGCAAAAGCUAAUAAGUUCAUUGAUGAUUUUGAUUUUCAAGUUUUCGACUGAAUACUAUUUUUGGUAACUUUCAAAUGAAUUUCUUUAAAUUUUACAAUCAUAAUCUGUAAUUGAGAU